GCGGGGCCGGGGAGGGGGGGACCCGGCGGGACGCACGGAAGGAGGGAGGGGGCCGUGCUCAGCGCCCCGGCCGGGCCACGGGGCCACAGGGCAACACGGCCACGCCGCAUGCCACAAGCCUGAGGGAGCGGAGCCGGCCGGCAGGCAGGGCAGCUCGGUCCCGGGAACCCUCUGGGAUGCCUGAGAGUAUCUGCCUCCUGCCCCCAGCCUGGCUCCCACCAUGAGCGCCGAGCUCAACGUGCCUGUGGACCCCUCCACUCCUGCCUGCUCUGAACCCGGCCACAAGGGCAUGGAUUACCGGGACUGGGUCCGCCGCAGCUACCUGGAACUGGUCACGUCCAACCACCACUCUGUGCAGGCGCUCUCCUGGAGGAAGCUCUACCUGAGCAGAGCCAAGCUGAAGGCCUCCAGCCGGACCUCUGCCCUGCUGUCAGGCUUCGCCAUGGUGGCCAUGGUGGAGGUGCAGCUGGAGACGCAGUACCAGUACCCGCGGCCGCUGCUUAUCGCCUUCAGUGCCUGCACCACGGUGCUGGUGGCCGUGCACCUCUUUGCCCUGCUCAUCAGCACGUGCAUCCUGCCCAACGUGGAGGCCGUGAGCAACAUCCACAACCUCAACUCCAUCAGCGAGUCCCCGCACGAGCGCAUGCACCCCUACAUCGAGCUGGCCUGGGGCUUCUCGACCGUGCUGGGGAUCCUGCUCUUCCUGGCCGAGGUGGUGCUGCUCUGCUGGAUCAAGUUCCUGCCCGUGGACGCGCGGCGCCAGCCCGGCCCCCCGCCCGGCCCCGGCGGCCACACGGGCUGGCAGGCCGCGCUCGUGUCCACCAUCAUCAUGGUGCCCGUAGGUCUCAUCUUUGUGGUCUUCACCAUCCACUUCUACCGCUCGCUGGUACGCCACAAAACCGAGCGGCAUAACCGCGAGAUCGAGGAGCUGCACAAGCUCAAGGUGCAGCUGGACGGGCACGAACGCAGCCUGCAGGUCGUGUGAGGGCGCGGCGCCCCGGGCACAGGCCAGCAGCCCCCACCCUCCCACCCCCCGGGAGCCAGCAAUGAGCUGCUUGCCUUCUGGGGAGCAUCACACGGGAACGUGGGGAUUCCUGACAAGGCUGCCUACGCACUGCCAGAAAGUUCCAGACCAAAGUCUCGUCCCUGUCUUCAUGUCGGAGAACCUGGCUGGAUGAUGCUCCCGCAGAAAGUGGAAAUCUGUAGUUAAAAGAGAGACUCUGUUGCCAAGAGCUGAGAGCAAAAAAAAAAAAAACAAAAAAAAAACAAAAAACAAAAACAAAAACCUGAGUCCUUGGGCCUGGGGAUUCUCUGCGGCAGGGGACAGGGCUCCAGGCAGCACCCAGGCGUCGUGGGCAAGGGCAAUCUCAGACACGUGGAACAGGCGGCCAGCAGAGGUGGGAGAGCAAGGGGAGGGCAGAGAGUUUCAGAGAAGGGAUUGCCCGGUGACACGUGAGGUGGGUCUCCUGGCGGCUGGGUGUCUGAUGAGAUGGGGUACAGACCCACAGCUUUGCCUGGUGGUUUCCUCUGCUGCCCUGGGGGGAAUCAGUGGCCUGGCUCACAGGAGGAGGGCGGGAACCUGGAGCACGGGUCUGCUCAGCUGGUGCUGCCGGUGCUCAGCCGGCCAUCAGACUUGUCAGGCCCCUGGGAAGACAUCCAAGGAUGGAGGCCUGCUGGGGCUGGCAAGGCACGUCUGUGGGCAUCCCGUGUGAAAGGCCCUUGAGGAGACUUUUAACUGAGGGGUGCUCUGAGGCACACUGGGCUCAAAUUCUCUCUAGCCAGCCUGGAGCCCAGUCACAAUGACCCAACAAAGCCACUGGAUCGGGGAAAGGGCUCAAGUCCAGAGUUCUCCAUGUUUGGGCUACAAAAUGGCCUUGGAGCCCAAGUCAGCUGCCUCUCCAGGCUAUGGCUGCCAAAGUCACUUGCUCAGGAAGCAGAGCCUGCUUCCUGUCUCCCUGCUGCCUUGUGACCCCAGGAGGCGGGAGGGGGCAGCCUGGGGGACUUUCUGUUUAGACAAGGCCAUUGGCCGGCCCUGGCCAAAUGCGGGUCCCGCUUCUAAUGGAAGGCGAAUCCCCAUAUAGUGCUCCCCUGCAGCAACCCCCAGUCCUCCCAGCCCCACGCAGGGGCCCAGCUCCUACAUUUCCCGGGCCUUGUGCAGCGUGGGUUCUGCUGUUUUCAUUAGACCAUAGCCCAUGUUCUUGGGUCAUGCACAUACAUACUACAGCUCAGCUCAGGGGGAAGCAUGCCACAUCCUGAGCUGCUUUCAAAAACCAGGCUUACCACACUGGCCAACAGCCACCUAGAGAGGGAGACUUUUGUUUUCAUAGUCCUCGGACAUCAUGCUCUGAUGGCAUUUCUGUGGACAGCUUACUCUCUGUGGGGUCUGAGUCGCCCACACCAAGAAAUCCUGGCUGGCCUGGCGGAGGUUGCUGGGAAUGUGACACACUGUUGAGGACACAAACCUUAACACGUAACCAAAAUGCCAAGGGGCUGCCUGGGAGCUGUGCCGAGAAUCAACCGUUGUUAAGUCGGGACAUUGUGGGAGCCUGGACAAGAGCCUGGCAUCUUCCAAAGGGCGUGUUCCUUGCAUCCUGCAGACGUCUGUCGUUAAUUUGCUUGCUCUCUGGUGCAUGUCUGUUCUUUCUUGGGGCCUUGUUGAAAAGGCUUGUCUGCCUUACUGUGUAUUUGCUUUGUGUCUGCGUCUCUGUAAGACAGCCACUCUGUCCUGGACAAGACAGGCUGGCUUCUCCCCACGGCUGGGAGUGGGCAGUAGGCCCUUCCUCCAGCCUGGGCCUUUUGGGAGGGGCCAUGCUGGCCUCACUGUCCUGGGCCAUCUGGUGCCUCCGCCCCAAGUGCACCAGAUGUGCCAAGCUCCUAAGACUAGAAAGCACCCCCCGGUUCCAGCUAGGAGCCAGCUGUUAAUGCCUGCUCCAUGGGCAGAGCCUCAGGCCUGACCGCACAGGGCUACACACUGGGUUACCUGUGACUGGAACAUGGGCAGGAAAGGUGCCACAUCUCAUUUUUAACAAUGAUUGGAAGAGUGUAAUUCUUGCUCUCUUUCAUCUAGAGCGUUCUCCCAGCUCCCAGAGGCAGGGGGCAAGCAGAGGAAUUUCUGUGGGGACAGAGAGGACCAUGGUCUGGGGACUGGUGGUCAGCAGGGAACCUUCCUGGUGGCCCCAGAGCUUCUGGGGAGAUGGAGGGACCAGCUGCUAUUUGGAGCUGCAGACACGACUCAGCGGGGGUGGGUUGGGCGGAGGGGAAGGCACAUUACAAACUAGAAAGUCACUUUCUGGAGGCUUAACCUGAUUGUGAAGCGUUCCAAGUGCAGCGGCCGCCGGGUGGUGAGGCCACGCAGGCCGCCCCGGAGCCUGCGUGGGCUUGCCCUAUUUUCCUCUGAGCGGAGCCUCCCCCACAGGUACGCUGGGGCCCUUUCCAGAGCGGAACACGGUCUCCAUUUCAUACCUUGACCAGAAGUUUCAAAACUCCAGGUGUUUCUAUUUUAGAAACUGCGAGGGCAGGACGUAUCCUAGUGUCUUCUAGGAAAGCCUGCUGAGGCUAAAACCGCGUGAGCCCGGGUGUCGGCGGCUGUUCCGUCUUGCGCUGAUUGACUCAUUAUGCAUGACGCUGCGGAGAUCACGUGCGGUGUACAUAACCCCCGUCCCGCGUGUGGGUUUUUAAAACAGUUGCCCUGGAGUGAGCUGAAUAAACAGGUAAAGCUAUGAA